GUCGCGGCUCUACAUCAUCUCCACAGGAGCGGACCAUCUGAAGCGGGGGUGGGGGUGGCCACUAAGCUCUUUACUGCCCAGUCAUCAGGCCCUCGUUUGAACGGGUCAGAAGAAUGGAGCGCGUCCUCGCCGCAGCGAAACAUGGCGCGUAACAAGAGGCUUUGUCCGGUACCGCUGUCCUCCACUUAACCGGAUCCGUCCACCUCAAGGAAUGUUCACCCUCACAGAAGUAGCAUCGCUGAACGACAUCCAGCCAACUUAUCGAAUACUGAAACCAUGGUGGGAUGUCUUCAUGGAUUAUCUUGGCAUUGUCAUGCUGAUGCUGGCCAUAUUUUCGGGGACCAUGCAGUUAACCAAAGACCAAGUGGUUUGUCUUCCCAUUCUGGAACAAACGCCAGAGGGUGCUGGAGAUUUCUUGGGCCAUGAACCAGUGGAAACAGCAGAUGGCUUCUGGAACAAAGAAAAUGCCAUCGGAGAGCAAGCUGCUCCUCUCAUGGCUAAAAAGCCUCCUGAAAACGUUGCACCGACCAUUCACUUCCCACAGCCAGCUACUUUCGGGCAGCCCCAGCCCACAGGUGUCAGAACCAAACUAGAUUUUCAGCAAUAUGUUUUUGUCAACCAGAUGUGCUACCAUGUUGCCCUUCCUUGGUAUUCCAAAUAUUUUCCAUACCUCGCUUUAAUCCACACCAUUGUUCUGAUGGUCAGCAGCAACUUCUGGUUCAAGUACCCAAAGACCAGUUCCAAAAUCGAACAUUUCGUUUCCAUACUUGGAAAGUGUUUUGAAUCACCUUGGACUACAAAAGCGCUGUCCGAAACUGCCUGUGAGGACUCGGAGGAGAACAAGCAGAGGCUAGCUGGGGCGUCCUCGCUCCUGAAACACCUGUCCACAAGCAGCGAGGAAGGGAGUCCCAACCAGUCCGCACCGGUGCUGACCAAAUCUGGGGUGACAUUUUCAGUGGAGAAGCUUGUGAGUGAAGUUCCCUCUAUGACCAUACUGGACAAGAAAGAUGGUGAGCAAGCAAAGGCCUUGUUCGAAAAAGUACGGAAAUUCCGUGCCCAUGUGGAAGACAGUGACUUGAUCUACAGACUGUAUGCCAUCCAGACAGUCAUCAAAACAGUCAAGUUCAUUCUAAUACUUUGCUACACCAUGACGUUCGUUGCAUCGAUAGAUUUCGAUCACGUCUGUGUGCCCGAGAUAAAGCAUUUGACUGGAUACACUAAAUUCCACUGUACGCACAACAUGGCUUUCAUGUUGAAGAAGCUCCUCGUCAGUUAUAUCACGAUCAUAUGUGUUUAUGGCUUUAUCUGCAUUUACACACUGUUCUGGCUUUUUCGGCGACCACUGAAGGAGUAUUCAUUUGAGAAAGUCAGGGAGGAGAGCAGCUUCAGCGACAUCCCUGAUGUAAAGAACGACUUUGCGUUCCUCCUCCACAUGGUCGAUCAGUAUGACCAGUUGUACUCAAAGCGUUUUGGGGUUUUUCUCUCCGAGGUGAGUGAAAACAAACUCCGAGAGAUCAGCCUGAAUCAAGAGUGGACUUAUGAAAAGCUGCGGCAGCAUGUAACACGCAACUCUCAAGAAAAGCUGGAACUUCAUCUCUUCAUGCUGUCUGGCGUGCCUGACGCUGUCUUUGAGCUCACUGAUCUAGAAAUCCUGAAACUGGAAUUAAUCCCAGAGGCCAGGAUUACGGCUAAGAUCUCACAAAUGAUAAACCUCCAGGAGCUUCACUUCUACCACUGUCCGGCCAAAGUUGAGCAGACUGCGUUCAUGUUUCUUCGUGAUCACCUGCGGUGCCUUCAUGUCAAAUUCACGGAUGUCGCUGAGAUUCCUAGCUGGGUAUACCUACUGGCAAAUCUAAGGGAACUGUACUUGGUUGGCAACUUGAAUUCUGAAAACAACAAAAUGAUCGGACUCGAAUCUCUCCGAGAUCUCAGGCACCUAAAAACUCUGCAUCUCAAAAGCAACCUCACAAAAGUACCGACGAACAUAACAGACCUGUCCCCACAUCUGAUCAAGCUGGUCAUUCAUAAUGACGGGACCAAGCUCCUAGUGCUUAAUAGUUUGAAGAAAAUGACAAACCUCGCAGAGCUGGAGCUUCAUAAUUGCGAGCUGGAGCGAAUUCCUCACGCUAUCUUCAGUCUGAACAACCUGCAGGAGCUCGACCUGAAGUCCAACCAUAUCCGUACCAUUGAGGAGGUCAUCAGCUUCCAGCACCUCAAGAGACUGACAUGCCUGAAACUUUGGCACAAUAAGAUCAUCACUAUUCCAUUGUCGAUUAGCCACGUCAAAAACAUUGAGUCACUCUAUCUCUCACACAACAAGCUUGAAUCUCUACCCUCUUCAUUAUUCUCACUCCCAAAGCUGAGGUACCUGGAUGUUAGCCAUAACUCCAUCGUGGUAAUACCACUGGAGGUUGGCUUCCUGCAGAAUCUCCAACAUUUUGCCAUUACAGGCAACAGAGUUGAGGUAGUCCCCAAACAGCUGUUCAAGUGCACCAAACUGAGGACCUUAUGCCUCAGCCACAACUGUAUCUUGGUCAUUCCUGAGAAAAUUGGCCAACUCUCACAGCUGGCUCACCUGGAAGUGAAGGGAAACUGUCUGGAUCGUCUGCCGCCUCAGAUCGGCCAGUGCCGCCUCCUCCACAGGAGCUGUCUGAUUGUGGAGGAUCACCUCUUUGACUCGCUUCCAAUGGAGGUCAAAGAGAGCCUCAACCAGGAAUCUGGUGUUUCUUUUACUAACGGUUGCAAAUGUCUAAGUGACGGGCGAUAGUCAUAUCCGACGUGUUGACCACUUCACCAUAGUGGUAGUUCAGGGUACAGCCUUGUAAUACUUGCAUUUGCCAAUGAUGAAUGCAUUUUGAGGAGUUUACACAAGACUUUACACAAGCAGUACAGUUAGGUUAAUUUUGGUAGUAUGUUGUGCAAGUAUUUGCGUUUCCACUUACCAUCCCAGUAUUUGGUAUCCUUCCAUUGGGGUCCCAAGCACCUCCUAAAGGGAGGCGCUAGACACAGGCAGUCCAUAGAUUGGUUGACAGAGUAUUGUCUCUUCUAUGUGAUGAUAGGGAAAUAUGGUGUUGAUUUUCCAUGCAGACCGCAGCCUUCAUGAAGAAUAAACACAAAAUUCUGGAUGUUCUCUAUUGUUACACUUAGUGUACUUUCGAGGAGUUCUUUGUGGAAUUUAUUGGCUGCUGUUAUGACAUCCCACUAUUUAUGUAGCUGAGGCAACUUUACUGAAAAGGAGGCUAUAGUGAGUGUUUUACAGCACAUACAGUGUAAGGUUGUUACCACUGUAGAAAUGUUUAGAGAUGAACUGUAGAGAUGAUCAUAGCUUGUGUCAUGUUCAAAUAUUUAUUUUAUGCUUCUUAACAAUUAAACAUCUAGGUGCACAGUAGCUGUCAAGUCCCUCACCUUAGAUUUUUUACCUUUUGUAUUCAGUAUACCUUCAGUCUAUUUGUAAUUUCAAGUGAUUGACCUCAGCACAAAUGGUUGGUUCAUUCAGAUGAGACAUUGGCAUUGUUUGUUUCAUUAUUCAAACCAGUGCUAUUUCUCUGGUGUAAUGUCAAAAUGAUUAGGAAAAGCACAAAUUUCAACUUCAUGUUAAAUACUAAAAUGAAGAAUGACACUUCUUUCACUUUUGUCAUUAUUUUUUAAUGUAUUUUUUGUUAAUGUUUGUUGUUUACAGAC